CUUGUUUUUAAGGUACGAAAAAUACUGGGGAAAAAGAAUUGUCGCAAAACUUGGAAAAAGUAAGAAAAUAUUUCGAGGUCGCUAACGAUUAUUUUAAUACUUUUUAAAAGUUAAAAAACGGACCAUCCUACGGUGUCGUAUAUUCAACACAAGGCAUUCGCAUCGUACGGCGUAUCUUGAGGCGGCGACUUGGCUCAUAAUGUACGCACAGCGUAGGAGGAAUUCCGAAAUUAUACAUCCACAACCUACCGCGGCAACGGGCAGAUUGUCAAAUUUAAACAAUCGGGUGGUUGCAGGGUUGGCGCUGGAGCCGCUUCGCGCCAACUUGUAACAAUGGAACGUCGGAUAUGACAAAGUACGAUCGCGCGUUGCCGCAGUCUCGCGAUUGUUUCAAAGUUUACGGGGAUCAGCCCAGUUUGAUAUACUGCAUUGUUCCCCUCGGCCGUUGGGUUCGGUUGAUUUCACGCCAGUAUUUAGUCGACCCUCCGCAACCUCCCGCCCGCGAUCGCCGACACGCACUGGAAACUAGGAAAAUGCUCGAUCUCUUCGACUCCCUCAAGGCGCUUCUGCAGGAGGAAACCGCCCGCGUCGACAACAUCGUCUUCAGGCUCCAUUCACGGGCGACCGUUAUCCUCCUCUCGGCCUGCGCCAUCCUCGUCACCGCCAAGCAGUACAUCGGCGAACCCAUUUCCUGCAUCACGGAUGGAACUAUCGACAAGGACUCCGUGAACGCCUACUGCUGGAUCUACAGCACGUUCACCGUUUCGCGGCACUUGACCGGAAUCCCGGGAAUCAGCGUGGCCAGUCCUGGUGUGGGCCAAGCACUUGAAGGCGACGAAAUUCACCAGCAUCGCUACUACCAAUGGGUAUGCUUCGUCCUCGUGCUCCAGGCCCUGAUGUUCUACACACCCCGAGCCCUCUGGGGUGUCUGGGAACGUGGAACCGUGAGACUCCUCUCCGUGAAUCUCGACAACCCGUUCUACCGCGACGAAUGGACUAAAGAGAGAAGGAACCAGCUGGUGGAAUACUUCGCCAUCACGAAUCUGCAUACUCACAACUUCUACGCCUUUAGAUUCCUUACUUGUGAAAUCCUCAACUUCUGCAACGCGAUUGGCCAGAUGUAUCUGCUCGACGUGUUCCUGGAAGGACAAUUCACUAAAUAUGGACCAGCGGUAACGGCGUUUGCGAUUGAAUCGAGACCGUUCCAAAGAGUGGACCCCAUGACGAGGCUUUUCCCAAAGAUGACCAAGUGCACCAUCCACACCUUUGGCGCUUCGGGUUCGCCGCAAACCCGCGACGCUCUUUGCGUUUUGCCUCUGAACGUAGUCAACGAGAAGAUAUUUGUCUUCAUCUGGUUCUGGCUCGUGUUUUUGGCCGCAGUUAGCGGCCUCGCCGUUGUUUACAGAAUGAUAGUCUUCUCCCAGCCGUGGGCUCGCGUUUAUCUGCUGCGAGCAACGGCCCAGCUUAUUCCACGAUCUCAGGCUGAGACGAUUGUGCAAGCUUUUGAUAUCGGCGAUUGGUUCCUGUUGCAUCAACUCAGUCACAAUAUAAACCCGGUCGUUUUCUGGGAACUCGUAAACGAGCUCGCAUCGAAAUUCUCUGGAAAGCUCGCCAAGGAGAAAGUGGAAAGUCUUGAAUUUAUCUGAAUAUAAUAUACUAAUAAACCGUGGU